UAUGUAUACAUUUGUAUAACAUAUAUAAAAAUAUUGUGUUAGAUAUUGUAAUAUAAUUAGUAUUUCUAUUGUUUAACAGUUUGUGAGCGACUGUUUUUAUCUUAUUAUUAUAAAGAAUGUACUUUUAAUAUUUAAUAUUAGGUAAUUUUAAUAGUCUCCUGUCAUACAGAAGUGAAAGCCAGAAGGUUAACGACCACAUUGAGCUGUCUGUCUCUCUCUCUGUCUGUCUCUCUCUCUGUCUGUCUCUCUCUCUUGCCUUUUGACGUGUGUGUGUGUGUGUGUGUGUGUGUGUGUGUUUUGUCUCCCUUUCUCACCCCUCCCUGUGCAAAAGUGCCACAUGACCUGUCAAAUAGGAAGUGAGGAAGCAACCGAGCAGCAACCGCAGCAUCGACCAGAAACGAGAAGAGAGAGAGAGAGAGAGAGAGAGAGAGAGAGAGAGAGAGAGAGAAUAAAAAAAAACCCUCCUCCGAAGUCGUCUCUUCUUCUUCUCCUCCUCGACGUCUACUAUUAUUAUUGUUUUUUGUUGUUGUUGUUGUUUUUUUUAGCAGAUAAUCGACAACCCCUCUCGGUCGAGCGGACAAGCUCUCUAACUCGGGCCGCAGUCAUGUACUUCAGGGUGUUUUUCUCUGUAGUUGUCGCUCUGAUUGGCGCAUCAGCAGCUUCAGACUCAGAUGGAUGUCCUGCUAUGGCAUGUGACACAUGUGGAACCGCUGGUGACUGCCAGUGGGUUAACUGCACAUCAAUUGUUGGCUGUCGCAACAUGACGCUUAUGGCAGAAAAUGAGACCUGCAGCAAUGUCAGCUGCUCAGGAAAUGGAACUACUAUUUCCACCGUUGCCCCCACUCAGAGUGGUAACAGCUCCACCACUACGCCUGCAUCCUCUGCUUCAACUGGAACCAGCACAAGUACCACAACAGUUUCCCCUUCUCCUGAACCUCACAAGAACACCUUCGACGCUGCGAGCUUCAUUGGUGGGAUAGUGCUGGUCCUUGGCCUGCAGGCAGUGAUCUUCUUCCUCUACAAAUUCUGCAAGUCCAAGGACCGCAACUACCACACCCUUUGAAGCAGCUGCACUUUUGGAUCAAAAUCACUCGACUUAUCCCCGCCAACCAGAGAAGAUUCCCCCGCUCGGCACGCAGUCAUCGCAACAGACUCAAACAGUGUUUUCAAGCAGGUUUUCUAGAUCUUUGAUGUUUAUUCCACUAUUGGUUUAGGCCUGCAUUAGCGUCUGUAUUAAGGCAACCGUGCAGGUCUGCAUGUAUAAUUCACAUCGCAGUAACGUGUCAAACUAAACAGAUCUCUCCAGCCAGUGAUAUUAUAUUUAAGACUUGAGCAUAUGGAUUACAUCAUCUGGUUGCUACUCCCACCUCCUGCCGUUAGUCAUUCUGCAAAGACCAUUUUCCAGCAAAUUGAGGGGGUUCGUGUUAUUUACUACCCCUCUCACCACCACUUGAGAGUUAAAGAAUUACUCAUACAUACAAAGUAGCUUUCCUGUCAAUGCUUGGGAGUUGUACAGCUGCAAACCGGUAGCAUUUACAUCAUUGUUGUGUCUUGAUUUGGAAACACUGUUUGAGGUCACAGCUAUUCCUUAAAUGUGACGACUGUGAUGAUUCAGUAUUGCUUUUAGUCCAUUCGACCCUCCCCGCAGCUGUUUCAUGUAUAUGUGUUCAUAGAUGGUGUAAAAGAGGUGGGGAUACUUAAAGUACGAGGGAAUAAAAGCAACACUAAAUCAUCUGAUGUCAGACUUAAAAAAAAUAGCUAUUCCUUCUGGUUAUUUUGUGUUAUUAUUUAGGAGUGCUGUGCGAUUUCUGCUGUUGACUUCCCUGGAUAAUUCUCCCCCUCCCCCCCAAUACUAGUUAUUAUAAAGAGAUAUCAAAAACCGACUGCCAGUAGAGCAGCUCAAUGCAAUAAAUCAUGUAACAAGUUCCAUCUCCCAUCCUUUAAUCUCCCAACUGUUAUUUCUGAUCUUUACCGACGUCAAAACUUACCCAUCCAGGUUGCUAAUUGUUGAGCUGGCCCCUUUGGUCCCAUGUUUUUUGUUUUUUGGAGUUGUCAGGAAAAAAAAGCACCUGUGGGUCAAAAUGAAAGAUUGUAGAAUAUUUCAUUUGUUUUAAUAAUGUAGAUAAUAUAGAGAAAUGGGGAGAUAAAAGCAAAUGGCAUGCACCUUCUUGAUGUGGACAGUGAUAGCAGUGAAGUGCCUUUAAUGUCCAGUAUGACUUAAAGUUAGACGUGGAGGAGGAUUUUCUGUCGAUUGAGGCUCAAGUGUUAUCGUUAGUUUAUGUUUCUGAAGAAAGAAACGGUAUCGCGGUGCUGAUAUUGGUGAGGACCGUAGUAUCGCAGCUGGACUGAAGAGCCUUUUAUUGUUGAAGAAUACCGUAGAUAGUCAUCACUCGAGGGCCUUAAUCAGUCGAGAUCGAAGUUUUUUUCCCUAUAAGUCGAGGACUAUAUUCAGUGCAUGAAACCUAUGGUCUUCUCACUGGUGACCUUGUAUAAAUGAAUAAUUUAAGGCGCUCUCCCUUUUUUUUUUUUUUUUUUUUUUGUAGCUCCCAAGGCUGCUCACAAAUUUCCUCCCACUGCACUAUUUAUGUGUCAGAACUCAGCUGUAAAUUGCGUUUAAUUUUGAAACACUGAACAGUGAGCUGGCAGGACAUUUUGGGCUCCUGUUGGGCGCUAUAAAUCUGGGAGGGGUACCUUGUUUUUCUUUUCUUUUUUCUUUUUAAAGAAAAGGCAAAAAUAUUGGAUUUAAUUUAAAAAACUUGAGUAUUGGAGGGAGUGCAUUGAAGUAAAAAUGUUGGCUUGUUUGAGUGCUGGUUUGGUUAAAUGAGCAUUGCACCUCUGAUUUCUGACUUUCUGCCGUAUAAAUGAGAGGAUUGUGAGUGAAGUGCAGAACUGCAACAGCUAAGUGGCCAUGCUAGAGCUCAUGUCAAGUUCUCUUAUUAGCUUGCUGCUAACUGUGAUUUUUUUUUUUUUUCUUCUUCCCCCCCCCUCUUCCUCCAUUUUGUCCCUCCUGUACAUAGCCAUGUCCUGUUUUUGUUUAUCCUUUUGGUUUCAACUUGAGGAAAGGCUAAAUGAAGGAGUGUUUAUCAGUACAUUUUUCUUGUAGCGGGCUCGUCAGUGUCAAGAAUGUUUAGUUAAACAGCUUUUCUUUUUCUUCUCUUGAUUGCAUGCUGGAUGCUUGGAGUUGUGAUUUUUUGUAUCCUCCCACUGCAUAUGCUCUUAAGGAUUUAGACACUUAAAAACCACUCGAUUAUUUGUGAUUAGCCCAUAUGCUAGCUGAAAGAAUUGCCUUGAAACAGUGUGCAUUAAGCCAAAGUCCUCAGUUUUGGCAUGGAAAUUGAGCAUUGCACUGACAAGCUUUGUUUUGUAACUUUGUCUUUGUACAUGUUUUCAUGAUUCAGCCAAAAUCAAAAAAACAAAAAACAAACUUAAAAAAAAAAAAAUCCAAUGCUUGUAUAAAUACUCAGUCUUGAAUAGUAAUAGAUAGUGGAUGAAUAAUCACCUUGUUUUGUAUGACCACGAACAGUAAGAAAUUCAUGAGUGCAGUUUCUUUUUUUCUUUUGGCUUUCAUCAUUUUAGGAUUACAUGUUUUUUCUGCUGCUCACCAUUAACACGCCUUUUUAACCUAGUUACCUGGUGGCAUUAGGCUACAGCCCAAAGACCCAAUUAUGGCGAGUAGGCCUACAGAGUUUGGCCUCAGCUGCACCCGUUUGUCCAUUCUCUGCAUGUGGAGAGCCUUCGCCCCCCCAAAUUUAGAGAGAAAUAUUUGAGUUUUAUCCACAGCCGUCGAGCGCUACGCUGCGUAACCACUGAAAUCCAGUCAAAGUGCUCUCUGCUUUUUCGACAUGCUUGCUGCAUUCCUUAAGAACACGGCAUCACAUGUUGACAUUGCCGUGUGUCCAAAACACCUCUGGUAUCCAUGGAUACCAAUAGAUGUCCAUUGUGUUGCCUCUCUGCAGCUUCUGCUACAAGUCCACUAACUCAGUCUGUGCACCUCUUUUUAAGGAAAAGUGCCUUAUUCAGUUAAUAUCCACAUAUAGUUGUAGUUUGUAAAAAAAAAAAAAAAAAAAAUUAUAUGCCACACAUAUUAAAUAUCAACGGGACUCAGCACUUUCAGACCCCUGUGAAGUGGUUUUUUUCUGUGUAUUCUGCUUAAAUGUCUUGUUUUGUCACGCUCAGCCUUAACUUCUUGAUCAAAAAUCCACAGAGCAUUUGCUUGUGACAGGCUGUCUAGGUAAUUAACAGGCGGCAUUUGAAUGCAGUUUGUGAGUGUGUACUCAGUGGCUGGCAUGUCGGUAGCAUUUAAGUGCCUACAUUUUGACCAAUCGCACAUUGUAGGUGUUUAAAAAUGCUCCUGAAAUGGCUGUAACCAGCUAACGAAUGGCACAGUUUUCAAUUGAAGCCUGAUUGUAGCUUGGACAACUUCCCACCAGCACAUUGUGAUAAAAUAACUUAGCGGUAAUUGUGCAGCCACAGACCUCUUAAUGUUCUUUAACUGCAACAUUUUGUCCAUGAAGCAAACAGUCACGUGAUGACUUGAAGUUCUCUUUGGUUGUAAUUUUCAAUUGUUUUCAUUGAAUUACUUGUUUUCUUUAGACUUCCUUAAGAAAAGUCCCAAUUUGCUUGGUCAUGGAGGGCUCUCCUAUCAGUUUUCAGCCUUGCAGUGUCCCAAGAGCAACAAGUUAAAAAGCUUUUUGAUUCCCUCCUUUGCCUCGUGGCUUUAUUGCUAUGUGCACACACACACUGUAGUGCCAUAUAUUUUACCUUGUUGUGUUAAGAGGCCAUCAGUCUUGUAGGUACGAUUUAGAUUUUUUUCUGUGGCUUUGCUCCAAACCCCACUUUGACACACAAACACAUACACACACACACAGCCAAACAUAGACACUUGCAGGUGCCACUAUGCCCCCCCCCCCCAAAACCCUCGGAAAUGGUUUGUGCUUAUUUUUGUGCUCUUUUGUUUCUUCCUUCUUCUCUCAACCCUUUUUAUUUUGUGCCUUGUUUUUCUAGUGUUGCCUUUAGUUUCACAAUGUAAAACCAAUAAAGUUUGAAUAUUGUUAAACAAA